AUGUGCAACUCCUUCCCCUCCCUUGUUGUGGAUAUGCAGUUUCAGUUGGCAGAGGCCGGGCCUGGUGUGGCGGCGGCGCCGGCGCGCAGUGAAGAACCUGCUGUUGCUCUCCUUGGUGGACCUCGCACAAACGCUGGCGAUGACAAGGCUGCAAGCCAUCACAAAUCCACCUCCAACUUCCUCGGCGAGGUCGGCUUCGGCCCGGUCUACAUGCUAUCCGUCGACGGCGGCCUCCGCCCCGGCCUCGCCAGCAGCAGAUCGCCAUCAAGAUGCUCGGCUUCGACAACAACGACGUCCAGCGGCAGCGAAUUGCUGGCCAAGGUGAUGUAUCGGCGGAUGCUGCGCCACCUUCCAUAAUGGUAGCCAUUCUCUUGGCAAGCUGAGCUCCUGCAUAUUAGUAAGAAGUCUUGCUCCUCUCUAUCUGUCAUGGGCUUGUGUCAAGGGUCGCGAACUUCCUGAGUAUGUCGACAGGUUCUGUAUUCUGUUCUUCGGGUUUUUUCAGUCUUCAGUAUUUUGUUCAAGGUUAUAUUCACUGUACACAACCGAUCAAAUCAGCCCUCGCUGGCCUUCUGUUCCAGUCAUAACCCACUGACUGAUCAAGCCAGAAAUAAUCCUACUGCAGUGCAUCCUACACCAGUUUUUCAUCUCCCCCACUUAGCUUUUCAUUAUGGCCUUUAAUAAACACAAGUGCAUAUAGGAAUCCAAGUAAAUAGCAACAGCAAUUACUAACAGGUUACAGAUCUUUUCCUUGGUCUCCAUCCCUCCUACCUUGAUCGGAAACAGUUCUACACCACUAUUAAAUCCAUCUAUUAAAACUGCUCUACAGGUCCAUCGUUUCAGCUUUUGGUUCAUUAGCUCUUUAAACUGAGCCACGAGAAGGAGGAGCCACCAAUGUUGGGGGCGCGUGUACAUCGCCCCUGGCCACCGGAGGAAGCGGUCAGUUUUUCCCGUACACACCUAUUUGACUACAAAUUCAAAUUCAUUUUUGUUUUUGCAAGAAUUGUAACAGUAGGACGCAUGAUCAUCUCCCCCCAACCUGCAUGGUGAAUAAUAAUAACUUUUAUGAUUAUACAUGAGCCAGUACCAUCGCUGAUCCUGAUCUGCUAUUUGGAUAAUUGUACUUCCGUCGAAUUGUACUUCUCUUUAUGUCGUUUGCAAGCUAGCCAUUGUUAUGGAUCCAGACAUGAUAACUACGCUUUCGUGGACCUAUACUUCUAUGCAUGUUGUUUCAGGCAAGACAUUGUUACAGAUCCAUCAAAAAUUAAAUUACUACUCCCUCCAUCCACAUAUAUAGGGCCUAAUACGUUUUUCAGGUUACAUUUGACAACAGGUUAGCACAAUAACAUAUGACAUGCAUGUUACACAAAGCAUACCAUUGAAUUCGUAUAUGAAAGGAGUUUCUAAUGAUAUAAUUUUUAUAUCAUACAUCUCAUAUACUAAUAAUUUUAUUAUUGGUCAAAGGCUACCUCGAAAAAUGUAUUUGACUCUAUAUCUGGAUGGAGGGAGUACCAUUUGUUCUACACAUGUUCCCUAUGAAAUGGCCUUUGGUUGUACGUGGCUUGGGCAAAAUUUUGAUUUCCUAAUUGUCCAUAUGAAUGUUUAUGGCUCCUGUAGUUCUUUAUACACAAGCGUCAGCUGCUGAUAUGGUUGAUGGAAGUAUGAGGUAUGUUCUCCACAUUUUCAAAGAUAGAAAAGUUCUAUGGGUAGCUAGAGCGAUGUCUUUUUUAUUUACAAUAUCUAUACUGCUGAAUAAUGACUUGUGGCUGUAUGUCCUUGUAUAUUUGGUGCAUUUACCUACGAUUGGUAAUGAUAUUAAGUAUUCCUUAAUUAAUCUCAGAUAUACCUUUGCAGACUAUGCUUUAUGAUCCAAUGGGAGAUUUGACAAAGCAAGAUAUUUUUCAACAGAUAUGUUUCUUCAUCAGUUGUGAAAAGUACAAUAUUUAACACAUGUUUUUUUAGUUGUGUUUUCAACCAACAAAUGUAUCCACGAGCAAUUUUUAUUCCAAAAACUACUGCACUUUCCGGUGAAAAAAGAACAAUUGGACUAGAUGGACAACAAUGGGCGUAGGCCAUCCAAUAGAUGUGAUUUCCUGUUCGCUUUUGUCAAAUAU